AUGACAUUUACCUACUCGGUUCCACAGGGAGAAGGCAGGGCCAUGGUGCUUUAUCAAUCCUUCGAUGCGGACAAGAUAUACUUGGUUUUUGAAGUGCUUGAUGGCGAUGGCGACAGUAACACCGGGAACGGGAUGGCUGUCUCAGUACCAAACUCACUGGCAUCACUGGUGCUAACGCUUUGCUACAGAUACAACAUGUCUCGCGUCGUACUUGGACCCCUGCACGCCAAGACAGUGGUCCUGACCGGAGGUGCAGUCAUCACGGCCUUGACAAGCAAACAAUACGCCUCACCCCAUGGAGACCCCGGAACAGUCAUUGAAGCAACGAAGAACUUCAAAGACUUACAGAACUUGCAAACAGGGCUGGGGUCUGAGUGGCGUGGGACUUCUCGCCGGCGUGACCCUGAACAGGGUGGCGGCGAAGGAAGUCUCAGCCGCCCCGUGAAAAAGCGCUUCAAGGCAACCAUGAUGGCGGUAAUAUCCGUUCCCUCUCUGUGCCUCAGCCUUGUCGGAAAUAUGGAUCAUGAAGCGGGCAGAAAGUAUGAUUGGCUGAUUGUCAACGCGUAUAUCGGAACGGCGGCUGGGCACGACGCGAGCUGGGGAGAUGCUGUUGCCCGGUGGACCGACGAGUUUGAAAACGCUUUGAUGUAUCUCGGCUUACCAGUGGGCUCAGUCUGUACCUUAGUCAGGUACUAUUGCUUCGCGAUCGACCUCAUGCAUGACGCGUUGCUGGGGCGAGAAUUGUACUGUGGUCUUUUGGUCCGGGGAACGGCGGUAUUCUUUUGA